AUGGUCAACUUCUGGGCCGCUGCCUGCUAUGGUGCUUUUGCGCUCGUGCCGGCGGCUCAGGCGAUCACCUUCGAGGAGCCUCGAGCAACGCCCGUAUAUGAUUUUGACCGUCGAGGGGGACAACAGCCUCCGGCUCCCACAAACGGACCUUUACUCCCGCGCGCAAUUGGACGGCGAACAUACAGUCUGAGCGCUGGUAUCUCAUACUUUACAUCGACUAUGGGCUCCGAAUUCUGCGGUUACAUGUCCGGCCAACUAGAUGGAGGAGUCUUCUGCAACCCAGGUUACGACUGUAUUUUCCACACUCCCGACGCCAUUUACAGUGGCAUGGUCGCUUGCUGUCUGGAGGACGGUGGAUCAUCCGCCUGCGGCUUCCGAAGUACCUGCUACAACUCCGACCAGAUCUCCUCGACGCCAGCUCUCUUGUCAUAUUCGGACAACACUUUCGUCCAACUCUGCACUGACAAUACGGCCGCGGAGUGCGUGACAUGGACCUACCCCGAGCUCGGAGUCACCGACUUCCAAUGCACGGAUACCAACACCGUGAUCUGGAUGUCCACGUGGGCGACGGGGAUUACCACGUUCGGAUCUGGAUCCAUUUCGGGCUACUCGACAGGAGGACUCCUCGAAGUUGUUCCCAUCAGCACAGUCGGGGAUGUCUACAUAAACGAACAUGUGACAGGCGCUGGGAAACAGCCUCUGUCUUCCGCUGCACCGGCGGGCUCAACUCCUACCUUUGACGUGAUCAACAACAGCACCAACUCCGGCGGCGGCUCAUCGGUCUCCGGGGGCGCUAUUGCGGGCGCCGUGGUGGGCAGUGUGGUGGGCGUUGCAGGUAUCUGUGCCGCUCUGUUCAUGUUCUUCCUCAUGAGGAGGAAGAAGAAUCAAGCUGCCGCCGCCGCUGCUGGUUCGGGUGACAAAACCAGUGGCGCAAUGACACAGGAAACGGGAGCAGCACCGGCCUACCUACCCUCUUCUCAAAGAGAGAAUGGAACUAUGUUCAAUCCCUCCGAAAUCGAUGGAUACCCUACCAACACGAAGCAUAGGUCUGACCUCUCAGAGGUUGAAGGCAGUAGUGCUAUCGGCAGCGGCAAUUCUCCUCCCGUCACUGAAGUCGAAGGUAAUAAUACCCGGCCGGAUAUUAUUCAGGAGAUGGAUGCUCGGGCUGAGAUUUCGGAGUUGCCAGCUGAAGAUCAUCGGUAA